AUGCAUCGGAUCGUAAGCAGACAAACGGGCGUAUCAUUCAUCGCCUCGCAAACCCUGACCCUGACGGCCAUCUUUAUGCUCAGCUAUGCAAACGGCUUCGCAACGUUACCGACGGAAUUGGAUCGACCCCAGCGCUGCCUGCUCGAACGGACGUACAAAAUGGUCGGCUACAAUUGUGCGAAUUUAAAUCUGAAGGAAAUUCCACAAUCGCUCAAGUCCAGUCUGGAGAUAUUCGAUCUCAGUUUCAAUCGGAUCCGAGAUUUAAAUGACCAAUCUUUUACCCGCUACACUGCUGUCAAGUAUCUGUAUCUGUUUGAGAACAUGAUACAAAACAUUGAUGAAAAUACGUUCAGCUCCCUCACAAACCUAGAGGCCAUCGAUCUUUCGUAUAACGCGUUGAAAAGCAUCCCGCUAGAACUGUUCCAGCUACCCGUCCUGCGUAACCUCUACGUCAGCCACAAUGCACUGUACGAGGUGGACACGGCCCUAGCAAACCUCGAAAAGCCUAUCAAAGCACCGCUCCAGGUACUCGGUCUAGCCGACUGUCGACUGCAGCGGUUACCGAACUUUGGUGUCCUUCCGGACCUGUGGCAGCUGAACAUCUCGUCCAACCCGAUGAAGGAGCUCACACUGGCCCAGUUUUCGCCCAUGUGCAACCUGAAAACGGUCGAACUCAACAACACACAGAUUCCCAUCUGCGCUUGCCAGGUGCUAACGGCAGAGCUUGUUCUUCGGCGUGCCAAAAUCAUGUAUCCGCCAUUAUACUGCAUUCCGCUUACAUCAUCAGAACAAAAUCUCUGCAAUGCCGAAGCGGGACUAGUGGUCGAUGCGGGACAGGCAGCCGAUUUCCAUCAGUGUAUGGAGAUCCGAAACUCCCGGCAGCUUGACACGGAAGCUAAGUCGGCGUGGAUGAAGAUAUCGGCAGCGGUGGCCAGCUGUAUCGUGUUGUUCGCUAUCAUACUCUUCUGCUUGCAUCGGCGCAACGCGAAAAAGCUGAAAGCGAAACGAAAUCCAAAGAAAGUACCACUGAAAAACAUUAACCGUGUGAUGGUACCACAAGCGGGUGCAGAGGAAGAAGUACCCGCGGAACAUGCCAAGUGUGAUAAAUUGUUGAGCGAAUGUGAUUAG